UUUCUACUCAAUGUACAUGUAGAUUUCCGCAGACGGUGGAAACUAGGAGGUAAACCAUUGAAACCCGGUGAAAGAUUUCAACCACGAUGACUAUGGCACUGCCUUGGGUCAUUCUAACAGUAAUGGUUAUACAGAUACCGAGGGGACACGGACAGUGGACUGGACUAACUAGUUAUGUAACAGUAUCCGACAAGUCCUUGGACAUGUUAUUUAUUUUCGACACAGCCAAUGACGAUAUGUUUCACAAGGCCAAAGAUUUCACAGUCGAUACAUUAGCCUCCGCGGACAUCAAUGGUGAUUUAGUUCAUGUUGGUUUGAUGACCUUCAGCGGAACUGGCUUUUUUCUUCAUCAUAGACUAAACAAUGCCAUGGAUAAAGACACUCUUCAGAGUACCAUAAUGACUCUACCGAAAACAAACGUGAGUCCCCUACUCUCGUUUUCCACUUUUAAUGACCUUUUUAGCGAAAGUGAAGGCGGACGCCCGUACGUACAUAAUAUAACUACGGUGUUUGUAUCAAAUUAUUCCACGAAGACAAUAACUAAUGCCUUACAAACAUUAGACAUGAUUGACUUUGAUAGUGAAGUGAGCAUCGUUGGGCUACAAUUGUACAACGCUACGGAUCUAAUGAGUUACGCCGAACAUUCCUUUGUCAUGGAAGAUAUCGCCCAGCUGGACAGCUUUACAGCAGUUAUAUUUUUCAACACGUUCACAGACGAUUGUUACUAUGGCAACGAUGGAACUACAACGACUACAAUAGCACCUACAACUCCAGCACUGAGCGAAUGGACACAGUAUACCAAAGAACAAUUAAUUCUAGAUACGGAUUUGCUCUCUUCGACCAUUCGAAAGAAGACCUCAGCCUCAGACAGCCGAACGUCUAGCGCCUUAAUUGGCUAUGUUGGUUUCAUCAUUGUAUUAGUUACAGUGCUUCUUCCAAUAAUUGUGGACAUUCCAACAUUCAUACGACAUGCUAAGCUGUCAAUCAAAUAUCAAAAGAAGUAUAAACAUAAGAAGCUGCAGCUUCGGGGAAAAUGACACCAGAUUCUGGACGCCAGUGUAAAAUCUGGGACAUUCCGGUAGUUAAUUGUGUGUGGUGCGAUAUAAACUCCCGGAAUGAAGUGUAAUUUAAAGGGACGUGAAUGGCACUCAUAGCGUGUCAGGUAUGACGUCGUUUCAGGUAUGACGUCAUAAUUUCUAUUCGAUACAAAUGGCAUGAUUUUGAAUAACAUACGUUUUUAUCGAAUUAGAAAUUAAAGACGAAAAUGCAACAUGUGGAGAUGUAAAAAAAAAAAAAAAAA